AUGAAAGCAAUGAAAAGUCAAAUAGUCAGGAGGUAUAUAGCUCACAUGGUGCUCGGUAGAGAUCUGCUGGACAGCACGCUGAACUUGGUUCCAUCACUCAUACCGCUUCACAUUGAUAUCAAAGAAGACAGUCCGGAAUAUCAAGUUUUGGAGAAGAAGAAUCAACAAAUAGUGGACAACAAGCAACAGGAUGGCAACGACGACUUUAAAAUUUGCAAUAUGGCGCUUGGUAACUCUUUACAUUCUACCGUCGAUAUGUAUUUUCUCAUUUCUGCACUUACAAGUAUGAAAACUAGACCACGCGCGCAAAGCCUCUGGCAGAGAGCUAGUUUAAUAUAUUUUUAUCCUUUCUGCACUUCGUAACAGGUGUAUGCCAGAAAUCUGUCUGAGAAAGCUAGAGAGUUGGAACACGAGAAAGAGUUGAGCGACUCCCUGCUCUACCAGAUGUUACCACCGAGCGUUGCCAAGCAGCUGAAGCAGACACAACAGGUAAUAAGUUUCCUGAACUCAGUCUACAAAUUGUUUGAUGAACGAAUAGAAUGUUACGACGUAUACAAGAUCGAAACCAUUGGCGAUUCUUACAUGGUGGCGUCGGGUCUGCCCGUCAGGAACGGCAGCAAGCAUGCAACGGAAAUUGCAAGCAUGGCAUUAGAGCUGUUAGAAGCAACGGCAAUGUGCAGGCUGCCACACCGGCCAGAUCAGACAUUAUGCAUGCGCAGCGGUAUCCACACUGGGCCUUGCGUGGCAGGCAUCGUUGGCAGCAAAAUGCCACGUUAUUGUCUCUUCGGUGACACUAUCAAUACCGCCAGUAGAAUGGAAAGCACUGGAGAACCGAUGAAGAUUCAAAUAUCGGAGGACGUAAAAAAAGCUUUAGAUAGAACUGGACAAUUUAUAACAAGACCAAGAGGAGUUGUGGAUGUAAAGGGCAAGGGUGAGAUGACUACACAUUGGCUAGAAGGCCGCAAUGGCCCUUCUCCAGUGAGGCCAACGACAACGGCCCUCGAUUACACGCCGAGUUUCUUAGCCAGAAUACAUUCCAAAGGUCGCUCCUCGCCAAGAUUUUCCGACACUAAAAUCCAUUGA